CGCGUCCUUGAGGCUUUUCCGCCGGUCGGGAGAACAUAGGGGAGCUUCUCUGUGGAUCCGAGCGGGAAGAAGGAGGCCGAGGAAGGGAAGAAGGAAGGCUCCGGGAUGAGGCUCCUACUGCUGCUGCUGGCCCUGCUGCUUCUAGCGGGCCUUUCCGAUUCCCUGGCGGUGAUGUCAGUGGACUUGGGCAGUGAAUCUAUGAAGAUCGCCAUCGUCAAGCCUGGGGUGCCCAUGGAGAUUGUCUUAAACAAGGAAUCUCGGAGGAAAACCCCGGUGGCUGUGACGCUGAAGGAGAACGAGCGCCUCUUUGGAGACAGCGCUGUGGGAAUGGGCAUCAAGAACCCAAAGGUGGCCUUCCGGUACUUCCAGGACUUGCUGGGCAAACGCAUGGAUAACCCCCAGGUGGUCCUUUUCCAGUCACGGUUCCCAGAGCAUGAGCUGGUAAAGGAUGCGAGGAGGGAGACUGUCACCUUUCACCUGUCAAAAACAAUGCAGUAUUCUCCAGAAGAGAUCCUGGGCAUGGUCCUGAACUACUCUCGGGCACUGGCUGAAGAGUUUGCAGAGCAGCCCAUCAAGGACGCCGUCAUCACCGUCCCGGCCUUCUUCAACCAGGCCGAGAGGAGAGCCGUCCUCCAUGCUGCAAAGAUGGCCAACCUCAAGGUCUUGCAGCUCAUCAAUGACAACACUGCAGUGGCCCUGAACUAUGGCGUCUUCCGGAGGAAGGACAUCAAUGCAACCGCUCAGAACAUAAUGUUCUAUGACAUGGGAGCAAGCAGCACGGUGUCCACCAUUGUGACCUACCAAACUGUGAAGAGCAAGGAAUCGGGGACCCAGCCUCAGUUGCAGAUCCGAGGGGUUGGAUUUGAUCGCACACUGGGAGGCCUGGAGAUGGAGCUGCGCCUUCGGGACCAUCUGGCCAAACUCUUCAACGAACAGCAUCCGUCGAAGGAUGUCCGGAAAAACCUCAGAGCCAUGGCCAAACUUCUGAAGGAAGCCAACCGCGUGAAAACGGUGCUAAGCGCCAAUGCAGACCAUAUGGCCCAGAUCGAGGGCUUGUUAGACGACAUUGACUUCAAGGCCAAGGUGACACGGCAGGAAUUUGAGGAUCUGUGCUCCGACUUGUUCCUGCGGGUGUCUGGGCCCGUGCAGCAGGCGCUAAGCAGCGCUGAGAUGAGUCUGAGUGAAAUUGACCAGGUGAUCCUCGUUGGCGGUGCCACCCGUGUGCCCAAGGUGCAGGAGUUCCUGCUCAAAGCCGUCGGCAAGGAGGAGCUGGGCAAGAACAUCAAUGCGGACGAAGCGGCUGCCAUGGGCGCCGUCUACCAAGCAGCUGCCCUGAGCAAAGCCUUCAGGGUGAAGCCCUUCAUUGUCCGGGACGCAGCGGUCUUCCCAAUCCAGGUUGAGUUCACUCGUGAGGUGGAAGAGGAGGACAAGCCCAAGAGCCUGAAGCACAACCGCCGGAUCCUCUUCCAGCGCAUGGCCCCUUACCCCCAGCGCAAGGUCAUCACCUUCAACCGCUACACGGACGACUUUGAGUUCCACGUCAACUACGCAGACAUGGGCUUCCUGAGUGAGCCCGACUUGCAGAUCUUUGGCUCCUUGAACCUCACCCGGGUGAAACUGCGUGGCGUGGGCGAGAGCUUCAAGAAGCACGUGGAUUACGAGUCCAAAGGCAUCAAGGCCCAUUUCAAUAUGGACGAGAGCGGCGUGCUGAGCCUCGAUCGGGUGGAAUCCGUCUUUGAGACCGUGGUGGAGGACAAGCCAGAGGAGGAAUCCACAUUGACAAAACUGGGGAACACCAUCUCCAGCCUCUUUGGAGGAGGCAGCCCUGUGCCGGAAGCUGCCGAAAACCUAACGGAGACGGUACAGGAAGAAGAAGAGAGCCAAGCAGAGCCCGACAAGGAGGAGGGUCCGAAGGAUGAGGCUGGGGCCGCUGCCGAGGAGGAGGAUGGGAAGUAUCCGCCAACGCCGCCCCCAACGCAGGAGGAGAAGGCUGGGGAGGAGGAGCCAGUGGCCACAGAACAGCCAGAGGAAAAGCCGGAAAAGCCAGACUCCCAGGAGGCCCAAGAGAAGGCCGGAGAAGAGCCCACCAAGAGCCCCGAAGGCAGCAAAGCAGCCGUGGAGGAGGGGGAGGGGGAGGUGGUGAAGCCCAAGCCUCCCAAGAAGCAGAAGCUGGUGGAGGAGAUCGCCGUGGAGCUGGACGUCAACGACGUGCCGGACCUGAUGCCGGAGGAGCUGCAGGGCUCCAUCAAGAAGUUGGAAGAGCUGACGGAGAGGGACCUCAAGAAGCAGGAGAGGGAGAAGUCUGCCAACAGCCUUGAGGCCUUUGUCUUUGAGACCCAGGACAAGCUCUAUCAGGAGGAGUUCCAGUUUGUUUCCACAGAGGAGGAGAGAGAGGAGAUCACCAAGAAGCUGAGUGAAGUUUCCAGCUGGAUGGAAGAGGAGGGUUACACGGCCACAACUAAGGAGCUGAAAGAGAGGCUCUCUGAGCUGAAGAAGCUUUGCCGGAGCCUCUUCUUCCGCGUGGAGGAGAGGAGGAAGUGGCCGGACCGCUUGGCCGCCUUGGAGAGCCUGCUCAACCAUUCCAGCAUCUUCCUCAAAGGAGCUCGCAUGAUCCCGGAGGUGGAUCAAAUCUUCACAGAGGUGGAGCUGACCACGUUGGAAAAGGCUAUAAAUGAAACAACGCUGUGGAAGAACACCACUCUGGCUGAACAGAACAAGUUGCCUCCCUCGGCGAAGCCCAUCCUCCUCUCCAAAGACAUUGAGCUGAAGAUUGCCGCCCUGGAUCGGGAGGUCCAGUACCUGCUCAACAAGGCCAAGUUUGCCAAGCCCAAGCCGCCGAAGAAGGAGAACGCCACAAAAACGGAGACAGGCAAGAACGCCACGGAGCGGCCUGAGGGCGAGAAGGUCAUCCCUCCCAAGGAGGAGAAGCAGGAAGAUCAACCAGAGGAUGCCAGCCCAGUCCAAGAGCCCCCCACGGAGGAGCCGGUGCAGCUGGAGGGGGAGUCGGGGCCAGGAACAGGCCCGCAGAUCGACAAAACGCCUGAACCAAGGGAAGAUUCUCGAGCCAACGAUGAAUUAUAACGGUUCCUCAACCCCCCUCCCACCACCCAUCAAUCAACUCCUAUUUAUUUACAGUUCACUUGGUGGUUUCAAAAACAGACCUAGUUCAUGGCACAGACUGACAGCAAGAGUUGUACUCUUCUCCCCGCCCAAAAAAAAAGGCCUCCCUCCUGUUUGGAAUGUCCUUUCUGUUGGUGUUGGUGUGCGGUCUGUCUCUUCACUGCCUUGUUUUGGUCUGGUUUUCGGCCGACGGGAAGCCCAUACUCACUCUCUCUUGAGCUGCCACGCCUCAAACAAACCCCAAAACCUUUCCGGCAAAUGGCAUACAGCUCCGACGCUCUGGGCUUUGUCUUCGCCUCCCGCUGCGCAAGGAACAGAUUGGAAUACAACCUCAUUGCUCUGUAAUCAAAACGGUUGGAACGGGAGGGCCCUAAAAGCAGUAGCCAGCGCUCAAAAAGGGAAAGCAAAGCCCUUCGAGAGAAUCGUGAGAGGGACGCCAUGCAUCUACAACCAGGAGAUGGUUGUAGGGAUGAAGCGGGGAGUGAGGCUCCCAUGAAAUAUCCCAGCUCCAGCUUAAUGUCAUUGGCACAACUUGCCCAAGUUGGAUCCCAGUUUCAGAUGAUAUGAUCGAAGAGGAGGCCAAAAUAGAGCUUGAAAUUCCAUCCCCAGAUACAUAAUUUUUUCCCUUUAUGUGUUGCAUUGACUCCUUAGGUUUGUAGUUUCCUCUUUUCUGGCAGCACUGGGCUUUGUUUGUUACGGUUGGCACGUUGUUGUGCUUCUGAUCUCUCGGAAUCGUUUGCAAAGUGUGCUGACGCGUGUGUUUCCGUGUUUAUCUCGUGUUUGAUUCCCUUCCCCGGGUGAUUACGUAGCCUGGAAGUGGGGGACCGUUUGGGUUGCUUUUUGGCUUGUGAAGCAAGACAUCCGGGCGCUUCGGUUUCCAGUCGCUUCGGUUGUCCGUCGGCAUAAAGUGGAGGCAAAACCUCUUUAUUUCCCCCCAAAAAUGAAGCUCUUGAAAUACCAGUCUUGUUUCAUUCUCUUUAAUAUUUUGCAAGGUUUCGUGGAAACUUUGCCACAGAGUACAGUACAUUAUCUGUUAGUAAUGCACAAGUUGCGCAUUACCCUUCAUUCCACUAUGUUUUUUUUAUUUUCUUGCGCAGGGCUUGGGGAGUUUAGCUUGCCUUUUUUCCUGGGUUUUCUGUGUCGGCAGACAGGCCUCGAUCUCUCUUAAAUGCGCAUCAGACGCUUGCCUUUUUGCGUACAAACGGGAUUGCUUGCUAAUUUAGAAAUAAAACCUCACUGUUUGGGCGGAAGGUGCAUUCUACUGUGAGACAAGAGUGGGCAUGGUCCGAAUUCGGUCCUCCAGGUGUUUUGGACUGCAACUCCCACCAUUCCUAACAGCCUCAGGCCCUUUCCUUUUCCCUCUCAGCCGCUUAAGCGUCCCAACACACGGGGAUGCUGGAUCUCGUGCUUCUCCCCCAUAGUGGCUCCCACAUGUGUCUCCUAUCAAGGGGCCUGAGGCUGUUAGGAAUGCUGGGAGUUGCAGUCCAAAACACCCGGAAGAAAGGCCGAAGUUGGCCCAUGCGUGGCCUUAGAGGAAGCGCCUGAAUGUGAAAUCUUUGCUUUCUUGUCCGGCGUGUGUCUUGUGCUGUGCGGUCAUUCUUCUUGUCCGUUCCUCGGUUUUUUUCCUGGAAGUCUUUCGAAUGAAUCGGGUCCCCCACGGAAAGAAAUAAGGCCUCCGUUUGCCACAUUGGCACUUGGUCCGGAGGCGUUGGGUUCCGCGCCGACGUUCCUUCCUUGCCGGGUUCCGUUCGCUCUCGUUGCAGAAGGAUGAAAAGGGACGGGUCCGGGGUCGCCCGAACGUUGGAAUGUCCUCGCUCCUCUGGAAGACGCGGUUUCAAUUAAACGGAUUUGCUUUUUCUACA